UCCCUUGCCUCAGUAUCUGAGAUGAUAUAUCUCCUUUUUGGGCCAUGCCCUAUAAAAGGGCUCUGUGGGCUACUUUAGGGUUUUAGGGUAUCGCAAAUAAACUCAGUUUUUGAAAUGUAUGCGGAAGCCGGUUUGCUGUUCCCUUACUGUCAUGGCUUCUCAAAUGAAGUUCAGCAUUUCGAGGAGUUCUGCCGAUUUCGAAAACAAAAUGCAUGGAACAACUUGGUACAAACUCCAUCAAUAUUGGAAUACGACCUUGGAGAAGGUGACCUGUUCAAAGCUCCGGAGACCAUCCCAGAAGAACCUCCUAUCCUCAUCGAUCCCUUAUCAGCCAUGUCAAUAAUGUCAGAUAAGGCCUUGGAAUUGGACACCACCCAUCUCCUUAAUGAAGUUUUUCAUGGGUAUGAGAAAGAGUUGGGUAGCAUAGGUGUGGAGAUCGAAGGAGGUGUGGAGAUGGAAGAGAAGAAGAAAUCAGAUGGGGAUGAUGGUGUAGAUAGUGACAUUAAGAGAGAGGUGGAAUCAGAAGCUAUUCAGAGGAGUGCAAGCUUAGGGUGUCUGCGUUUGAUGGAUACGGGUGGUAGUAGAUCUACAAUGCCGACAUUUCUGGAUUUUGAAGGGGUGGAUUUAGGAGCUGCAUUUGGGAUGAGGAGGGCAUAUAGUGCAGGAGAUAUUCAGACACUUGGUAAUAAUGGUAAUCCAGCAAACAUUAUCAGCCGUCCUCUUGAGAGGCAGCUAACAGUUGGGAAUUACACCCAUGAAGAGCGCAAGGAGAGACUUAACAGAUACUGGAAGAAGAAGACCAAGAGGAAUUUUGACAGGAAGAUUAAGUAUGCCUGUAGAAAGGCAUUAGCGGACUGUCAGCCUAGAGUUAGAGGGAGGUUCGCAAAGAUGGAUUGAGUCCAACUAAGGUUCUUAAGCUGCCAAAGUGCGAGGUUCGUUUCAGAAGAGCUAUAUGUGCAAUCAAUCAAUAAAUAGGAGCUAUGCGUGUAAUAUCCAACAGAGGCUUAUGCCUGUUUGCUGUUAAGCUAUGUAUGCUAUGUAAUCCGUUAGGCUUCACCACUUUGCCACCAUAUAGUAAGCCUUGAUGAUUGUGUUGCUUCUGGUUCAGGUCUUACUAAUGGCAUGUAUCUGCUAAUGUUGUAAAUAACUCUGAAUAAAUGUAACUGGCAAUCCAAAUUUGGUUCUUGUGGAAAAA